AAAAUGUUUGAGGGCUUGGAUUGAAUCUUUACAAGUGAUAGCAUGAAAACCACAGGGCAGGAUAGAAAGGGGAUAAUCAGGAAAACCUGGAAAGAUAGAAAAAUCAGAGAAAGGCAAGUUAAAUACAAUUUUUUGGAGUACAGACAGGGAAAAAUAAACAGUAUAUAACAUUGACUUACUUGUAAGCUGAGUGUUAAUGUUCUUCCUUCAACAGAAACAUUCUGAUAUUUAACCAAAUUAACAAUAAGCUGGGCACACUUCGGUAUAAGAAUCUCAUCAUCUGCUUGGAUAGAAGAGCAACAUUGAUUGAUCAAAAGUACUGCCUUCUGUAAAAAUUGUUAAAUAUUUGGUUUGUCCCUUGAUACGUUAAAAUAAAUAAAUACAAGACAAAAAUUGUUCUCUGAAGCCCUAAAUCAUAACCUGAAAAAUAACUUACAGUGGGGUUUUGGACAACUGGAAUCCGAUAGUUGACGGAGUUUAGCUCGUCCAGAAGCUUGGAAAUACCAUUUGGGUCUACUAUGGUUUUUCCAUAACAUAAUUGGCCUAUUUUCAGACUCAGAUGGUCAAAUAUAUUCUCGGAUGGGUACAUUUUUAAAAUUUGAAAUAAAUUUUUGAUUUUUCAACCAACAGCGACGUUGUCACAUUUAAAUUGUCAUUUUCAUCAAAUUGUUCUAUAGGCAUCUCUUUCUAACUGCUGGUGCUAGAAAAAGACAAACAUGUUUGCACAACAGCUCACUUUACCAAAAUAAUCAAAUGUAAACAAACAUAACCACACUUUUUUUUAUUUGUGUUUUGUGUCUUGGUUUAAUGAACCUGUGUGCCCCAAACCAAAAUUACUAUGAAUUAAGCUGAUUAGGAUCAAUUCGAACCAUGGCGGACGCCGUGCUGAAUAUCCUUAACAAUAUCCUCAGAGUCGAGGGUAUCGAAGAAGCAUUUAGCUGUUUUCUGGUGCACCGAAGCGAAACCGAAGCCCAAAACUUAUCGAAAUGGCAACAAGAAUUGUGCGAGUUCUUCGAAACAUUGAAUCCCGACCAUUUGGACAUCGUCCUGAGGCAGUAUUUGCAAGUGGCUUUGAGAAGUGCUCAGAGUAGAAUGCAGGUACUGUUAGAAUUGAUGGAGCACUGUAUAAGAAAAGGCUCACUCCAAGCAAGAAAAGCUUGCGAAUUCAUUAUAACUUUAGAUCAGUUGCAUUACUGCAACGAGCAUUUUUGGAUUUAUUGUUUCAAGCUGAUUAAAAAUGUUAUUGAAUUAGUUGAAUAUAAAGGUGUAAGGGAAAUAAUGAAAGGAUGUUGUGAAAAAGCUAAAGUCUUGCCGCUAAGGCUUAAGGCUGGCAUUCAACCUCAAGCUCAAGCCUUGUUCGAUGUUGCUGAAAAAAUAAUGGACAGAAAUACGUGCCUUUUACCAGGUUACUUAUUGGUGAAUGAACUCCAAAAAGUCUACUCUGAAUGCCCUCAUUGGAGAUUGGCAGCCUUGUUUUCUGAUUACAUAGAAAGCUUCAGGCCUUGCGCUCAAAUGCUUACCAUAAUUGGUCACUCCCAAAUGCGUCCUGUUGUAGAACACAGUGGCUGUCCUGAACAUCUUGUCAAUCCUUGGAAAUUAGAUCCAUUAAAUUUGAGAUUUGGCCUAAAAGGAACUCUUCCAUAUGAACCGGAAUUACUUGAAAAACAAACUGGACUUUUGCGUUAUGUUUUAGAACAACCUUACAGCAGAGACAUGGUAUGUGGAAUGCUAUGUUUGAAUAAACAACACAAGCAACACUGUCAAGCUAUUGAAGAACAAUUAGUGGAGUUAGUAAUUUCAGCUUUGGAACGUACAGAAACUGAAGGAGAUGAAACAGAUGGUCUAUGGCUUCAUCUGUCCUCACAAUUAAUUUAUUUUGUCCUAUUUCAAUUUGCCAGUUUUCCCAAUAUCGUCAUGUCUUUACAUACAAGACUACAAGGUAGAGAUUUGCGUCGCGGCAGAGAUCAAUUGAUGUGGGUUUUGCUGCAAUUUAUUUCAGGAUCUAUCCAAAGAAAUCCCUUGGCUAAUUUUUUACCAGUAUUAAAACUCUAUGAGCUUCUCUUUCCAGAACAAGAGCUACCUUUAGCAGUGCCUGAUUUUAAUCAGCCUCAAUGUACAAGGCAAAUGGCUAUGACUUGUAUUUGGAUUCAUUUACUCAAAAAAGCCCAAUCAGAACAAAGUAAUAUUAGUUGGCCUUUGCCAAACAAACUAAGGUCCCACCAUGAAUUUUUGCAGCAUUUGGUACCACCAAGUAAUAGUUCUUUGGCAAUGGGAAAUGAUUAUAGAAUAGCCUUACUUUGCAACGCUUACAGUACAAAUCAAGAAUGCUUCAGCAAACCUAUGGCUGCUUUAGUAGAAACCAUUCAAGGCAACACCAAAACGGGCACUCCAAAUUGUCCUCUACCCACUUGUCCUUUAAGCAUGGCAGUUUUGGAUUCUUUGACUGUUCAUUCUAAAAUGAGCCUGAUUCAUAGUAUAGUGACUUAUGUCAUUAAGCUGGCUGGCAGUAAGUCAGGUUGUCCUUUGGCUCCGGCCUUAGUGGAAACUUACAGUAGACUGUUGGUUUACACUGAAAUCGAAUCUUUAGGGAUUAAGGGGUUUAUUAGUCAGUUGUUGCCUCAAGUUUACAAAUUUCAUGCUUGGGGCACUUUGUAUACUUUGUUGGAGAUGUUCAGUUAUAGGAUGCAUCAUAUACAUCCGCAUUAUAGGGUGCAGCUGUUGAGUCAUUUACAUUCACUAGCUGCUGUGCCUCAAGCCAAUCAGACUCAGCUGCAUUUGUGUGUUGAAUCGACCGCUUUAAGGCUUAUAACUGGUUUAGGUAGCAGUGACGUCCAACCCGAACUCUCCCACUUCCUACAAGAACCGAAAACGAUCGUUUCGGCGGAAUCCGAAGAACUGAACCGCGCCCUAGUCCUGACUUUAGCCAGAGCCACUCACGUGACCGGUUCGGAUGGCACGUGGUGCCACGAUCUGUUAGCCACUAUAGCGCAAAGUACGCCGCACGCGUGGGCCCCGCACACCUUGGAAUGCUUCCCGAGGGCUUUGCAGGAGUUUUUCACCCAACACGCCGUGCCGCAGGAAAAUAAACAGCAACUGAAGAAGGCUGUGGACGAAGAGAAUCGUAAAUGGGCUUCUAUGAACAAUGAAAAUGAUAUUAUGGCUCAUUUUGGAGUACCCGGGGCUCCGCCCUUGUUUUUGUGUUUGUUGUGGAAAAUGCUUUUAGAGACUAAUCAUAUUAGUCCGAUUGCUUAUAAGAUACUCGAAAGAAUUGGGGCCAGAGCACUUUCAGCUCAUUUACGUAAAUUUUGCGAUUGUUUGGUGUUUGAAUUCAGCAAUUCACCUGGGGGGCAACAUGUUAAUAAAUGCGUAGACACCAUUAACGACAUGAUUUGGAAGUACAACAUUGUCACAAUUGAUCGUUUGGUUCUCUGCUUGGCUCUGAGAACCCAAGAAGGCAGCGAAGCGCAAGUUUGCUCCUUCAUCAUACAACUAGUCCUACUUAAAGCCACCGAAUUCAGAAACAGAGUCUCUGACUUCGUCAAAGACAAUUCGCCAGAUCACUGGAACCAAACCAAUUGGCACGAAAAGCAUUUGGAGUUCCAUCGCAAGUAUCCGGAAAAAUUCGCUCCAGAAGAACAGUCCAGCGGGUACCAUCCUUAUUUCGGAAACGUUUGUCUGCGAUUUUUGCCGGUGUUCGACAUCGUGGUGCAUAGGUUUCUGGAAAUAGCUCAGGUGCAAAAAAGCCUGGAAAUUCUUCUGGAACAUUUGGGAUGUUUGUACAAGUUCCACGACCGUCCGGUUACUUAUAUGUACAACACUUUGCAUUAUUAUGAGGCUAAAUUGAGAGAUAGGCCUCCAUUGAAGAGAAAAUUGGUAGCAGCUGUGUUAGGGAAUCUUAAAGAGACUUUGUCAGAACCAUAUCAAGCGUUUUUAAAUAGGAAUUCGGACGAAGUUUGGGCACCCGAACUAGAUUAUUAUAUACAACUUGUCAAACGAGUAGUUGAUAUUCUCAGCGGCACAAACUCGAUAACCGAUUGGCGUUUCAACGAAUUCCCAAACGCUGGAGUGCACAUUUUAUAUACAACUUGUGUUGAAUUGAUGGCCUUAUCGGCGGGUCCCACUGCAGUAGCCAACGGCCUUUUAGAUGUUGUAGCCAAAGGCUAUGUAAUGAUACCGUCUGACAGCAUUCAUCAAUGGAUCAAUGCCAUCGGCCUUAUUUUAUCCGCCUUGCCAAUCAGCUACUGGAGCAUCUUACACGAACGAUUAUUGGCAACACUGUCUGAAUUGGAUUCAUGGCCUUUUGAUGUUUCACCUUUUAGGAUGUUUAAUUUUAAAGAAACUCAUUUGGGGCUUCUCCACAACCGCUUCAGCUAUAUGCUAGCACUUGCUCAUUCUGUUUGGCAUCACGCAGGUCCUGGACAAAUUGCUAGUGUACCAAGAUGGGUACGAGAAUGUUUACCAGCAGUAGUCCGCACUGAAGAACAAUUUUUGUUUGUUUGUCAUCUUGUGGGACCGUUUUUACAACGCGUUACUAACACCGCUCUGGUUCAACUGACAACUUCAAUUUAUGAGCUUUUAGCUCAAGUUGAUUCAUCUCAGACAGAUCUGAAGUAUAUGGAUCCGAUUUGUGACUUGUUGUAUCAUAUAAAGUACAUGUUUGUGGGUGACAGCAUGAAAAAGGAAAUCGAGACUAUUGUGAGGAAACUGAGGGCUCCCUUGCAAUUGAGACUGAGGUUCAUUGCCCAUUUGACGUUGGAAGAAGUGACGGCCACAUGAAUAAUUAUUGAAUUUUGUAUUAUGUAAAUAUGUUUUUUUUUCUUUGUUUAGGGAAUUUAGGAAUUGCUUUUAAUUAUUCCAUAAGUCAACUAUGAUGUAGAAGGAAUGGUAAUAUAAGGAAAAGAAGUGUUGCUGAAGAAAACAUUUUUUUUUUUCUAAAUGACAUAUAUUAUGUUUAUAAUAUAAAUUUUUUUAUACAAUGUAUUAAGCUUUUUUCUUAUUCUAAGUUCUGCUAACUAUGCUGGAAGAAGGUUUGUUAGUUACCCAACAAUAAUCAUGAACAAAAUUGUAACAUACCUACCUAUUCUCUUCAUCUGAAUCUUCUUCACUAUCAGAGCUAGAAGGAAAAUCUCUAGAAGCUUGCCUGUCCUUUUGUAACCUCUGUUCAUUUUCAAUAUAUUUAGUCUGUUCAGUAACAACACUUUGACUGUCAGUACAGUUGGAAUAUAUUUCCAAAAUGUCCUUAUUCAAAUCAAUAAAAGAAUGCCCCCAAGAGAACUUAUCCAAAUAAAAUCUAGCCUCUUUUUUAAAUCCUGUUAUAUACAUGGUAGCUGCGAUAGCUUCAACGCAGCUUAACUGCAAAGGUUUGCCAUAGUUUAUAGGAUUAGCUGCUACCAAAAAAGGCAGUAGUCUUCCAUGAGCAGGUUUAAGGGCUGCUAUAGGAGUUUCGUCGAUUCUGGCCCAAGAACAAUCAACGACCCCGAUGCCUUUACUGCUGACAAUGUGUCGGUCUGCAGGGCUGACGCAUUUUUCUCCUGUGGGGGUCAGCACGAUUCCGGGAAAUUUUUGUUUUAUUUUUAGGGUUUUGAUGAGUUUCAAGCGGGCCAGUUUGCGACCAGAACAUUUUUUCGGGUCGCACUGGUUGAAAUCCCA